CUCCCAUGCCCCCGCACCCUCGCCGAUGAUAAGCUAAAAAGCUGCCGCGCGGCGAUAAGAAGCGGCACACCCCUCUCGCUCUCCCGCCCGCCGUUUGACCCGCCUCCGCCGUCGCCUCUCCUCCGGUCUGGUCCCUGUUUGUUCUGGUGGUGGUGGCGUGAUGAAGGACGGCGGCGGGAGGCAGCAGUGGCCGUGCGACUACUGCGGGGACGCGGCGGCGGCGCUGCACUGCCGCGCCGACGCGGCGCGGCUCUGCGUGGCCUGCGACCGCCACGUGCACGCCGCCAACGCGCUCUCGCGGAAGCACGUGCGCGCGCCGCUCUGCGCGGGCUGCGCCGCGCGCCCGGCCGCCGCGCGCGUGGCCGCCGGCGGGGCCGACCCAGCCUUCCUCUGCGCGGACUGCGACGGCGGGUGCGAGGCCGCGGCGCGGGUCCCCGUGGAGGGCUUCUCCGGCUGCCCCGCGGCGCACGAGCUCGCCGCGUCCUGGGGCCUCGACCUCCUCCUCCCCGGCGGCGCCGUCGCCGCCGCCGGAUGCGGGUUCGGCACCGGCCACGUCCACGACGACGAGGACGCCUUCUUCUUCUCCAACCUCGACUACUCCAUGCUGGUGGACCCCGAGAUGCGGGACCUCUACGUGCCCUGCAACCCGCCGGAGGCGGUGGCCGCCACGGGAGGGGCCGGCGGCCGGCCUCUCAAGGGGGAGGCUUUGUGCCAGCAGCUCGCGGAGAUGGCGCGGCGGGAGACCGACGCGUCGCCGCAGCCGCAGGGGUACUCGGAUCUGAGCCCCCGCACGCCGCGCCGCUCCUCCGCCGGCCGCUUGCCGGACAAGCAGCCGCUGCCUCCUGCUCCCGAGGCGCCGUCGCCCUACACGUCCCUGCUCAUGAUGCCGCCCGCCAACUGCGCCGAGCUCAUCGGCAAGGAUGACGACGAACCGCUACAGUGGGAGUUCACCGCGCCCUCACCAGUGCCGCCCACCCAGAUAUGGGAUUUCAACUUAGGAAGGUCAAGGAACCACAAUGAGAACUCUGCACUCGAAAUUGGAUUUGGUUCAAACAGUGGAGGCUUUAUGAUCAAAAGUUACAAUGACAUGCUCAAGGAAAUUUCUUCAGGGACAACGAAAGAUCUCGAAGAUAUUUACGACUCAGGAUACUGUGCAGCUGCUGAAGAUAUCAUGUCAACAAAUAUCUGCCAGCUGCCAUCGAAAAAUACGAGCACAGCAAGCAACAAGCGAUUGAAGGUUAGCUCAUGCACCUCGACGAAUGACGGACCAACAACCUCUGGGAGCCACGUGCCUACAUCAGGACCCUUGGUGAGCUCUUCCCAUGACAAAGGAGCAGCUCCCAGUAGGGAGAUCUCCUUUGGUGAUCAAACCAUCGUCCCAAUUGGAGCUGAGAGGCCUGCCACAAGGAUGGACAGCGAGACACUCGCGCUAAACAGGGAUAGCGCGAUGCAGCGUUACAAAGAGAAGAGGAAGAAUCGCAGGUAUGAGAAGCACAUCCGGUACGAGUCCCGGAAGCUGAGAGCAGACACACGGAAGCGGGUGAAAGGACGUUUUGUCAAGUCGAAUGAAGCGCUCAACGCCAUCAGUAAUGGGGGAUGACCCUCCUUCCUCGCCCUCUGAAAGGCAGGUGUAUGUAGCUGGGUUUUUCCAUGUAGCAGAUCGGCCUGUAGCAUCCUGCGAUCCACCUAAGCAGGAUGCCGUACAUUGCCCAGCUAUUUAUUUUAGUCUUCGUUUUCAGCACCGUGAUCGUCAGUUUACAGCGGAGGGUCGUAUUCACGGUGUUUUUCUUGUAUAACAGAUCUCCCUCUUUCUCUCUCAGAACUCAGAAAUAGCCAACUUAAUUGUACACUGAUAUGAGGUAUUGAGGUGCAUAUGUGAUAUGUUUGUCUUA